GUCGGGCGGGAUUAAGAGAUGGUUGGCGGUGAAAGCGCCAAAGGCGGCGAGGCCUGCGUUCGGGGGGCGAGCUCGAGCGUGCAUCAUGAGGAUUAGGAGUUAGGCCGGUGGUCUAUCCAUGCGGCGCAUACGAUUCAGCAGACGUCGUGGUCGUAGGAGUUCGAGGCGCCGAAUUGUCGGUGGGCUGCCAUUUGGUAUACAAACGGGCGAGUGGAGAGAUGAAUUGGUCUCCCACGGGACGAAUUGGGGCCAGAUACCUCCGGACGCUUUCAGACCGGUGUAGUUUUGACCCGGCAACGGCUAAGCAAGUGGUGCCGAGUUUGCGCAGGAUUCUCAAAGCAGGGACUUUGAACGGGAGCUUCAUGAGGUCGUUGAUGUGAUCUUCCCUGGUCCUCUUGGUGCGGUUGUGAGCAAGUUUGGAAGAGAAGAACGCAAAAAAGCAGUAGUAGUGGUAGAUCUUGCUCGUGCAAGGUGGGCUGAGAGGUUGGCCAAUGGAGAGAGCUGUUGACUAGUGCUUAGUGCUGGUUGUUUUGUUAGAGCUACUGCCGCUUGAACUUUGGUUUCCUGUCAUGUGGCACAUCUUCUCUUACCUGUUGCCAAUGGAUCUGGAGUGCUUCUGCCUAGCAUUCAAACUGUCAUACAUGUGCUGUUAGUCAGAUAGGGUGCUUCGUAUUCAUUGACGGGUGCAUGUGGAUGAGACCGGCCUAGCAUGCAAACUGCCAUGCAUGUGCUAUUCGUGCUGCAGGUGAAGGAGACCCUUGGGCGGCACUGAGUGCAGCAUAACAAAGUGGAGGACCGUGACAUUGUGCCCUUCAGUGUUUGUCUUUUUUUGCUCCUAAGGGUUCCAGCAGGUGAUGGACUCCUGUCUAGACUUGUAUCAUCACCCGUGGGCUGCUGGCUGGGGCAGGAAUUUAUAAUCUCACAUUCCCUCCGCCUGUUGGUAGUAUGCUCCCACUCACUCAGCGGGGUUAUGUGCUUUGCGUUCUGCCAGCUGGCCCUGCUUUGCAGUUGUGCGUGCCUGGGAUUGGAGGCUUUCAGCCAGUAAAGAAUUCGCUGAUGGGACUUUCCCGAUGUUCUGUAGAUUGUGUUUGGGGGACAGUGCACACCGUUAUGGCAGAGGUGGUUUACAUUACUUUGCCAUGAAGGUCUCCGGUACUGUGUGCUUUGGCAAUUAUCCUACUCCAUGCAUCUCUGCCUGCGGAUGUGCAUGUACUUGAUGCGAGAAAGUAGUGUCAGAGCUCUAUUGUGAAACCUAAGGAAAUGCUGUUGACCACAGAACACAAGACGAGGUCUCUCUCAGGUGUCUCUCCUGUCCUCAAUCUGCACUGCUCUGGACUGUGGCAGUGUGAGCUUCUCUGUCACCCGCGCAUCCCCUUUCCAAGAUCAAAUUGGCUUUGUGGCAAUCUCUGAUUAGCUGGCACUGUUUGCGAGAGCGCUGGUGGGAUAACUUUUCCCUGCUGCUGCAGAUGAGAAUCCACAUAAUUUGCUGUUUUGCUGAUGGUAAAGCGGGUUGAGGUUUGUGACCACGGCUGUUCUAUUUCAGUUGGGAGUUCUUGGUUGAAGCACCUUUGGCACGGUGUUGGCAAGGUGCAUACCGACCUCCAAGGCGUUUUCUGGAUGAAGUGUGUCAUUUUAUAAUUCUGCUGAUCAACGGAAAGCAGGUUCAAUGGCGUCUACACCGUUUGUUUGUCCUGACUGUGGCCGAGAACACUUUCCCUUUUGCAAUGGCCCCAUGCCCUCAUCACAUGGUUGUCAUCCAGUCCACCUGAAUGUGCGAGGGCCAGUUGGUAUGGCCGAUCGUGUACAGCUCGAUCCGAUGGCUGCAGCACAUUCAUUGAUGCCUCCUGAUGGUGGUGGGGGUGGGCAUCUCGUUUCCAUUUUACCCAGACAAGAGGUGAGGACUCUUUACACGGAUCCUGCCGAGGAUUCUUUUCUUCUCUCAAGAGGUCCAUCUUCCAUGGGAUCCCCUUCGUUGACUAGCUGCAGGAUGGGGGAUUACCCCCUGAGGCCCCUGCUUCCACCACAGGCUAUGGUUCUUUCCCCAGUUGGAAAUCGAGUCAAUGCCUUCUCACCAGGUGCUCAGAUCAGCCCGAUUGAAAGUCAGGAAUUACGGCGUCCAGGUUAUUCCAUGGCUGAGCUGAGGGAGAGGCGAUGGGAGGCAGAGAUGGGACUAAGACAUGAUCCUCAUGAAGAGUUGAUGACGUCACAAUAUGGAUUGCCGCGUGGGAUGGCUGUGGCAGAUCGACGUUUGCAGACCAUGCAAGGUGUUAGCGAGCUAAGGAUGCUCAGAGGUGACGAUUAUGUGCAAAGAUCUCACUAUGAGCGGGAACUGAUAGAAGCGAAUGAUGUAAGAUCUCAGUAUGGCUCGUCUCCUACCAUGUAUCCCCACCGCCAGCGCCGAAUGCAGGUUUUAGAACCUUUGCUGAGGGCAAACUUCCCAAAUGCGCACAUGCACCCGGCCCGUCAGGAGCAACCCGUGCAUCCGAUGGCUCGUGAUGAUCCUGACUGGCAAGGACAGCAUCCCCUGAGAAUGCCUUUUGGUGGUGAUAGUGCAGCCAGCAGCAUGCGGGUGCCAUCAGCAUCUUUCAAUAACCGGGAUGGAAUAUUGAGGCCCGGAACAAGACAGGAUUUGAUGCCUCAUCACACUGAUCUUGUUCCUGGUUUUCAAUCUGAACUGCAUUUGGCCCGUCGCUUGGAUCCCCAUCCGGGUCCUCUUCUUGAACCCCGCGUGGAGCGACACCUGGAUUCUCAGUUUGAGCGUCAGCGUCAUUUGAGUCCCUGGCGUGAUCGUGCUCUACCUGAUUCUCAGCUAAUGGGCAGGCACGCCCAUCAGGUGGGUGGUCAGCUCAAUGAUCGCCCUCCUGUUACUCUGGAUCGCCAUCACAAUCUUGAUCGCGCUUUAGACCGCAGAUUGGACCGCCAGGUGGAUCACAGCAUGGAUCGAAAGAAGCAGGAGCAACCGGUGGACCGAGGUAUGGGAUGUGUGGUGGAUCAUAGUGUGGAGGAGAAUCUUGGCUCUCAGCCGGAUAGGAAGGAUGCCAGUUUUGGCCAUCACGAGGGCCCGAUUGUAGACAGAGCUCCGGACUGCCUGCUCCAGGAUGGCAUUAGCGAUCAGUGUCCGGAUCAGGCCGCAAGCCAUGGAACAAGUGGGACUGUCGACUCUGAGUUGAAUCGUGGCAUGUCUCAUGUCCCUGAGCAUAUGUCGAGUGGCAAUCUGAAUCACAAUCUAGAUCACCAUGGUACAGAACAGGAUCGCGAUGCUGGUGAUUGCAAACGUGGAGAGCACAGAGAUAAUCAAACCAUAGAAAAGGACCGCCUACCUCAAAACCCCUCGAAUAAUCAGGUGAAACGGUUGGCAGAACAACAGCAUCCAUUACAGCCUCAACAUGAAGAGAGGCCAGCUGCAAUAGUGAAGCCUGGAAAAUAUCAGCAGCAGUCCUUGUCUGAUCGUGAAAAGACAACUGUACAGCGAACAAAUGAGCGCGACUCUGGAAGAUCAUCCCAUGCCGCAGGUGACUUCGACAGGAACAGCGCAGAGGGAGAUGCUCGUAGACCUGGAAUUGGACAGGAGCUGUCUCAAAUGCGGACGAGUGGACACCAUCACUCUCGUCAUGAUCCCUCUGAACCUUCAUCUCAGCUGGUGCAGCAAGAACAACAUGGUCAACAGCAUGAUGAAGCUGUGGAGGUUGGCUCGCAGGAAACGAGUUUUCACUCAAAUCCAGGUGUGAGCACGAGGGAACUUCAUGUGCCCACAGCAGAGGUGGAAGCCGAGUACGAUGCAAUGGAGAUGGAAGAUGGAAGUUGGCAAACACGAGACGAUAGGACUGCUAAUGCUGGUCUGAUGGGCAGCACACCUGCUGCGCAGGCCGGAUUAUUGCAGACCCCAGAGAGCGGGCGACUAUCUGCAAAUGACCUCCAUAACGCACAGUGCGCUUCACAACUCAGUAUUCAUCAUGGGGUUGGCAGGGGAGCCGCUGUUUCUUCCAGUUCUCCUGGUAUGAAGUGGGACAACGGGCCCUAUGCCAGUGUGUACGGUAGCUUCCUGCACGCUGGCCAUGGGAAUGCGGUGGCUCAACACACCGCCUUCACAGUAGCUCAGCAAGGUUCCACUUUGGUAGGAUCCCAGUUGGGCAGCGCAUCCUCUGGAAACGGUUAUGUGCAGGGCGUGAUGAAUCGGGGAGCUCGGCUAUUGCCUCCUGUCCCGCGUUAUUCUUCUGAAGGUAUGGCCGCAGAAUCUCAACAUGUCCGGGACGUUUACCCGACAGAAGCUGCGCAGGCAAGUUCACUCUUCAUGCCUGCAGGGGGACAUGUGCCAAGUUCCCAGCCUUUGCGUCAUCCUGUCAUGGCGGGUGCUCUUUUGCUACCUAUGGAGGCCGCGACAUCACCAUCAUCUCGAGCUGUCAAUGCAGGGGAGGCAUUCCCACCCCAUCAGCCUCUGCAACAGACUGCUGUGAUGGAUCAUGCAAAUCAAAGUUUGGGGACGUCCAUGCCUGCAACAAUGCACCACUCUCCUGAUGCGGUGUAUAACUCUCAAAUACCACAUGAACAUGAACACAUCCUGGCACCACCCUAUGGGCAGAUGGGGGUGAUGCCUCUGGUGCAGCAACACCAGCCUCAACCACUGGUGGAGAAGAAACACAAGGUCAUCGACGCAACCACCAUUUUCCGUAAGCCAGGGAGGGACAGGCGUCCCAGUCGUUUUGUCGUAAUUCUCCGAGGUCUUCCAGGAAGUGGAAAGAGCUUUUUGGCCAAAGCUUUGCGAGAUGUAGAGGUCAUGAAUGGGGGCUCUCCUCCACGGAUUCACUCAAUGGAUGACUACUUCACAAUAGAGGUUGAAAAGGAGGUGGAAGUUGAUGAUGGGGUGUCCACAAAGUCAGGCUCCUGGAGCAAGCGGAAGGUCCUUACGAAGGUCAAGGAGUACUGCUACGAACCAGAGAUGGAGGAGGUAUACAAGGCAAGCAUGUUUAAGGCGUUCAAGAAAACACUUGAAGAAGGCCGAUUCACAUUCAUCAUUGUGGAUGAUCGCAAUGUACUUGUGGCUGAUUUUUCACAAUACUGGGCGGCAGCAAAGAGGUCGGGAUAUGAAGUGUAUGUCCUGGACGCAACAUUCAAAGACCCAAUUGCAUGCUCAAUAAGAAAUGUGCAUGGAUUCUCUGAGGAGCACAUUCUCGCUAUGGCUGCUGCCUGGGAACCAACGCCUCUUCAUCACUUGGUUCUUGAUGUAUCGUCACUCUUCCGAGGAGACGAUCUUGGGGACAAUGGAAUAACGGAGGUGGAAAUGGAUGCUGCAGAUAUGGGGAGAGAUCUUGAUGAGCCUGACGAUGACUACAAGGGAGAGAGUUUCAGAUUGUCAGCACUUGUCAAGGACGCCCUUCAGAAGGAAGGGAAGGACGAUGGCAGGAAAGGCAAUGGUGGUAACCAUGCUGAUGACAGUGAUGAUGAAGAGGAGAGCAAGAAGAUGGAAGUUUCACUUAUGUCGGCGAUGCAAAAUGGUAAACUGAGCGGCGCAGUAGCAGCGACGUCAUCAUCGUUAUCGAAGCAGGGGCCAUUGCUGUCCCCACGACAGGAAGGCUUAGGUGCCGGCAAGCGCAAGGGCGGCGAUUUGCAGGGCAGUAAUGGUGGUAAAGGCGGUGGCAAUAAUAUUGUUAAUGAUAAUGAUGAUGAUAGUGAUAGUGAUGAUGACGAUGGAGGUAAUGCUCUGUCAGGAUUGAUGAAGGCAUAUGGGAAAACAGAUAAACGAGUCCGGUGGGCAGACCUCGAGGGACAGAAGCAGCUGGCGAAAGGUUUUACAAUCGGCGCUUCGUUAGCGAAGCGGACGAGGUUGGAAAUUGGUCCUGGUGCUGGAUACAAUGAGGCGGGAACAAGCAAGAUCGAGGACGCCUUGGCUGCUGGCGACGCAGACGCAGAGCACUUUUACAGCAAAUCAAAAUUCAGGGAGCAGCUGCGAGCAGAGCAAGAAACAUUCCGAGCGGUCCUUGCCAGGAGGCGGCAGAGGAUAGAGACGCUGGAUGAUGACGAUGAUUGAAGGAAGGGGUGAACUCAAGAAAUCCUUUUGUUGACUCUGCAGAUCGGCAGAUGUAGAUCUGUCUCUAGACGGAUGUCUAUGCCCUGGUGUUUUUUUUUUUGACAUGCCGAAUCUGUGGCAAUCGCGAGAGAUGGUCGUUUGACUCGCGGGGGGAUGUGCAUCGGUGUCUAGUAUGACGUCGUUGCACCGGUGGUUCUUCAUGCUGAUUAUUGGUUCUGACGGUGCCGAGAACGUCCCGUGUUGGUUCAGUUUUUCCUGCGCACAGCUGCUUUUCUCCUGUGUGUGUUAUAUGAGACUACAAGGAGCCCUGCUCCACACCCUCUCCUUGGGGAAGGGGGGGGUAGAUGUGAUGGAUAGGGAGAGCUGUACAGUAUCAAAACGUAGAGGACAGUUUUGUCGAUGAGAUUCGUUGCAGCUAUAGGAACCGAGAGAUGCUGAAGAUUACACGUGGAUUGGGAGGGGUGUAGCACCUCAUCAUUAGCGGGGCACGUUUUGACGUUUGUCUGGCUAACGUGAUUUGCUCAUCCGUUCUUUUCUUUUAGGGUUGAGGGUUUAAGCGUUCAUUGGCAGAUGGCAGUAUAAUUUAAAUCGACUUGGGGGCUACCGGCAGAGGUUACGGACGGAGUUUAAAUCGACAGAGGGUUGUCGGCGAAGCGAAAAGGAGCUGAACGGACCUCAACCUCGAAACCAUCCAUGCUGCGUAUUUGAGAGAGGUGAGAGAAUUUGGUUCAUUCUUUAUCCGCUCGGGGAACGAGGCUGAGCAGGUGUUUGCCUAGAUUUCCGAGGCUUCUACUUUGAAGUGAAUCGAAGAACUUCGUUAUCGAAAUUGGAGUCGAAAAAUGAGGGUUCCCACACCAGUGCCCUAGCAGGCCUCAUAGCAGGGUUGUGGUUCUGACAUUGGGGGCAGUUUGCAUCUGAAAGGAUGGAUGGAAUGAUGGAUGGCUAAUUGGGCGGAAGCUGUCACCGCACUAUGGCUCCCAAAUUAUUGAUGCAUAUGCAGAGCUGAUGUCGUGAAGGAUCUCCUUUUUUCUAUCGGCAUCGUAGCUCACGCAUCGGGGGGAAAAAAUUCCCAUGGGAUGUAGGUGAGUGCUCGGUCUCGGAUGUCAAUGGCUAUGUUACGAGGUUAACCAACCUUAAGUU